CUGUCCGCACUAUCUGAUUUGAUUGUCGUCAGGCGUUGCCUAUAAAUAUAUGAUUUUAAGUUUAACUUUCAAUAUUCCUGGUUUUUGCGUGUAUGAGAGGGGCAACAUGAAGGUCUUUGUUUUUGUUCUUGCCUUGGUGGCAUGUGCCCUUGCAUCACCGAAACCGGUGGAUCCAUCUCCGAAGAUCAUCAACGGCCAAAACGCAGCUAGAGGUCAGUUCAACUACAUCGUGUCAUUCCAACGAUUAAUCCAAAAUCAAUGGAGGCACAACUGCGGCGGCUCCAUCAUCGGGCGUAACUACAUCCUCACCGCGGCUCAUUGCAUCGGAGUCAACAUACCAUUGAACCAAUAUAGAAUCGUCGCCGGUAUCCUGAACAUCGACGACGUCAACGUAGGCGAACAAAUCCGCAACCUCGCUGCCAUCAUUUCCCACGAACUUUUCCCCGGAGGUCCCACUGUCGCCCCUCACGACGUAGCGUUGUUGCGACUGAGCACCCUGCUUAAUUGGUCAGACAAUAUUCGCCCGAUCGCUCUUCCCGCUUUGGGUCACGUUUCCGAAGGUACUGCCACCUUGGCAGGUUGGGGAGCCAUUCAAGACUUCUUAGGUAUCAUCUACACCUACCCCAAUACCCUUCAGUUCGCGGAAUUGCCUGUCAUUAGUGAUUUUGAUUGCAAUCAACGACUAAGCACUGCUCUCCAAAAUCGCCCGCAUCCGUUCGAUCCGAUCUCCAACGUAUGCACCGGCUCUUAUGUUGGCUUCCAGUCCGCCUGCGGUGGUGACUCCGGCGGUCCCCUCACCAAGAACGGUAGGGUGAUUGGUAUCGUUUCCUGGGGACUUAGCCCGUGUGGUUCGGGUGCCAACACUCCGACCGUCUACGCUCAAGUGUCCAACUACGUGGAUUGGAUCGACAGGAACACCCCAGAUCUACAACAAUACGGAAGAGUCAAGUACUUGGGGGACAAGGUCGACCUUUGGAACUCUGUGGACGUGACGGAGAGCGGUAGGGGGCACUUGGGGCCUGGGCCAAAGAUCAUGGGGCAGUGGCAUGCCUGUACGAGAGGGGUAACGAUGAAGGUCAUAGCGCUAGUCCUGGCCGUGACGGCUUGUGCCCUCGCAUCACCAACACCGGUGGACCCGUCCCCCAAGAUCAUCAACGGUCAAAACGCAGUCAGAGGUCAAUUCAACUACAUCGUGUCUUUCCAACUAUUAGUCCAAAAUCAAUGGAGGCACAACUGCGGCGGUUCCAUCAUCGGCCGUAACUACAUCCUCACCGCGGCUCACUGCAUCGGAGCCAACACACCAUUGAACCAAUACAGAAUCGUCGCCGGUAUUCUGAACAUCAACGACGUCAACGUGGGUGAGCAAAUACGCAACAUUGCAGCAACCGUUUCCCACGAGCUUUACCCUGGGGGUAACACUAUUGCGCCUCACGACAUAGCGUUGUUGAGACUGAGCACUCUGCUUACUUAUACCGACAAUAUUCGCCCGAUCGCUCUUCCACCUUUGGGGCACGUACCCGAAGGUACUGCCACUUUGGCAGGGUGGGGAGCCAUUCAAGACUUUUUGGGUAUCAUCUACACCUACCCCAAUACACUUCAGUUUGCGGAGUUGCCCGUGAUUGGCGAUUUUGACUGUAACCAACGUCUCAACACUGCCCUCCAAAAUCGCCCGCAUCCCUUCGAUCCCGUGUCCAAUAUCUGCACUGGGUCCUUCGUGGGUUUCCAAUCCGCAUGUGGAGGUGAUUCCGGCGGCCCCCUCGUCAAAGACGGAAGGGUAGUCGGUAUCGUAUCCUGGGGACUUAGUCCGUGUGGCGCGGGUGCCAACAAUCCGAGCGUCUACGCUCAAGUAUCUAACUACGUGGACUGGAUCGACAGGAACACACCAGAUCUACAACAUGUGUAUGAGAAGGGCAACAUGAAACUAGUACUGCUAACGUCUGCCUUGUUGGCAUGUGCCCUUGCAUCACCAAAGCCAGUGGAUCCCUCUCCCAAGAUCAUCAACGGCCAAAACGCCAUCCGAGGUCAAUUCGAGUAUAUCAUCUCGUUCCAAGUUUUCUCCAGCGGUCAAUGGAGACACAAUUGCGGCGGCUCCAUCAUCGGUCGUAACUACAUUCUCACCGCAGCUCACUGCAUCGGAGUAAACACUCCCCUCAGUUCGUACAGAAUUGUGGCUGGUAUCUUGAACCUCAAUGAUGUCAACGUCGGUGAACAGAUCCGCUCCAUUUCCGCCGUUAUCGUUCACGAGCUCUUCCCAGGAGGUCCGGUGGUCGCACCCCAUGAUGUAGCCCUUCUCCGACUGAGCUCUUUGCUGGACUGGACCAACGGUAUCCGUCCCAUUGGCCUGCCACAGUUAGGCCAGGUGUCUCAAGGUACUGCUACUUUGGCCGGAUGGGGAGCCGUCCAGGACUUCUUGGGUAUCAUACAAACCUUCCCCAACACUCUUCAGUUCGCUGAACUGCCUGUAAUUGAAGACUUCGAGUGCAACCAACGGCUCGACACCAUCUUAGGAGGACGUCCUCAUCCGUUCGACCCCAUUUCCAACGUAUGCACCGGGUCUUACGUAGGCUUCCAGUCUGCCUGCGGUGGAGAUUCUGGAGGUCCGCUCGCCAAAGACGGUAGGAUCGUAGGUGUUGUCUCCUGGGGUAUAUCGCCGUGUGGUGCUGGCGAAACCAACCCCACCGUUUACGCCAAGGUGUCCAAUUACGUCGACUGGAUCGACAGGAAUACCCCCGAUCUACAAGAAAACGCUUUCGAUUUGCUCGAUAAACCUGGUAAAUUGAAGAUUGUAUUCCUCUUGAAAUUGAAGAUAUCGUUGGUUCAAGAACAAUGUUAUCUGCAAAAUUCCUCAGAAGAGAACGACAUUGUCGACGCUACGUCAGCUCCCGGCUCAAUUAUAGUGAUGAUGGCCGCCACGAAAGUUCUGAUCCUGGUCUUAGCAGCGGUUGGUGUGGUUUUAUCCUCGCCGAAACCGGCCGAUCCAAGCCCAAGAAUCAUCAACGGGCAAAAUGCGACAAGAUCGCAAUUCCCAUACAUCAUCUCCUUCCAGCGCAGACCAAUACUGUCGUGGAGUCACAUCUGCGGUGGGUCCAUCAUCGGUCGUAACUACAUCUUGACCGCCGCCCAUUGCAUUGGCGUAAACAAUCCCCUCAGUCAGUACCGCGUGGUGGCUGGUAUUCUGAACCAAGACGACGUCAACGUUGGAGAGCAAGUCCGGUCCAUUUCGGCGAUUAUCUCUCACGAACUCUUCCCAGGGGGUCCAACAGUAGCGCCCCACGACAUAGCUCUGUUGCGUCUGAGCUCCCUACUGAACUGGUCGAACAACGUGAGACCCAUUCCUCUGCCUAAUCAAGGACACGUAUCUGCGGGUACCGCUACCCUGGCCGGUUGGGGUGCUAUAUCUGAUUUCUUGGGUAUUAUCCAGACUUUCCCCAACACGCUCCAGUACGCGGAGCUGCCAGUGAUAGACGACUUCGAAUGCAACAGCCGUCUCACGACCAUCCUUCAAGGCAGACCUCAUCCGUUUGACGCUCUCUCCAAUAUUUGCACGGGAUCUUACGUGGGCUUCCAAUCCGCUUGCGGCGGUGAUUCUGGUGGUCCUUUGACCAAGAAUGGUAGAAUUAUUGGUGUGGUAUCCUGGGGAAUAACGCCGUGCGGCGGAGGAGCCAACAACCCUACCGUCUACGCCAAAGUGGCUUCUUACGUCGACUGGAUCGACAGGAACACCCCAGACAUCCAGGAAUAGGAGAUUGAAAUUGUAUUUUCUUUUUGAGAAAUAAAAUAACGCCAGUA